AAGCAGAAGAAUUGAGAGAUCGCGGGGGUAAAGGGGGGAGGGUCGUCCUCCGAGCUGUUAUAUUAUUUGUCAGCGAUCGCACGCAUGCGAUACGCAUAUGCACGCGCGUAAACGAUGAGCCGUGAGCGUCCGUUGCACCUGGCGACAUUCAGCGAUUGAUUAGUCGUCGUCGCGCUCCUCCCGCGCUCGUCGUUGCGGUCGAUAGUCUUUCGAAAAAACCUCGCGCCCGUGUGUAUCGAGCCACCGCUGUAUCGAUGCGCGCGCGCGCGGGAAAAUUCAAUUCGUCGGGAAACGGCGUCGAGAAGUGCCGUAAGUACGCGGAGCACGCUUACGUUUUUCAUCGAUCGAGCGAGUGAACGGCGGGACAUUCACGCGAGGAUUGGCGAUCAUUCUCUCUCUCUUUCUCUCUCGCACGCGAAAACGUGAUCUUCCCCAGGGGGUCUCGCCAGUCACUAACAAUACGCGAAGUCGAAGGGACUGCGUUGCAUGUCGAGCUCCUUUGAAUUAUGAAUCGUUUGAAAUGAUUUUAAGUUACUCCCGUCGGUGCGACAGGGAGAGAAGGAUAGUGUGAGAAAGAGACAGAGAGUGAGAGAGGGGAAGGUGAAAGAGGAAAAGAGAGACACGUACAGAGGGAGAGGGAGUGAGAGAGGGACAAAGAGCGCGUGCCGAUGCUUGUUGGUUGCUCAGCUGUUUUGAAGAAUCGACGACGCAGCCUGGACGGGCAGCAGCGAUCGGCCGUGACUCGGCGCGAGACCGCUGCACUCACGUCCAAACGCAAACAGAUGUGGAGUGACUGUCGAAAUUUCUGACACAUCUCGGCCACGAUUGUCGACGCGAGGAGCAUCCCCUUAGCGUGCACGCACGACGGCGGUGGCGACGAGUUCCUCGAGCUGAGGCCGAGAGCUUAACGUUUAACGGAACGGACGGAAUAAAGGGCGAGCCAUGAGCGAGCUGAGCCAGGAAGAAAUGAGGAGAAGGCGGUUAGCCCGUUUAGCGGGCUUAAAUACUAGUAACACGGCUGCCAAUUCAACUAACACUACCGCUCCGAUAUCUCCGAGUACUCCAGGUCCUUCGAAAGCCUUUGCAGGACCAAUAUCUCCGUCUAUUCAGCAACAAUUUCAACACGUUGAGGUUCCAAUGGAGGUAGAAGAGAGCAGCGACAAGCAAUGUAAUACCUCUGGGAUAGAUGUUGACUCGGGAAUAGAAAAUAUGGAAGUCGAGGAGUCCGACAGGAAAGAUUCGAUACCGAGAUCACGUACAACGAGUUCUAGCAUAGAAGUAACAACGGAGCAAAUACACGCUGUCAUAUCGCGCGUUCUCUGCAUAUCGUGGAAGAGUCCUGUGGAGGGGAGUAUAUUCUUGCCGCACACAGCGGAAUAUAUGCAAAGACAGCCGGACGCUGCAGACAUCAUUAACAAUGCCCUGAUCGAGGUAUUACGUAUGUUUUCGCGGGGGGAGGAUCCUUUGAAGGACAUCGCAAUAGACGUGUCGUCGGACCGCGAGGAUAGUCCGAAUAGCCAAGCGAGUCCGAGUUUAUUAAGUCCCGUUGUGGCUCUUCCGUCUUACGAAUUACCGACCAUACCGUUACCCAUAGGUACCAAGUCGUCGCAACCGAAAAGUCUAAUUUAUUUGUUAGAUUGUUACUCAAGAAUUGCGACUGAGGAAAGAAAUCACCCAAAGCGAUCCAGCGUACCUCCUCUUUCCGAAGUACUGGCAGUUUUGAGAGCACAAUGUGUUCAGUACUCCAGCCUCGUUCUCCUAGGAUUGAUCGGCAUCUGCCAAGCUUCAAUCGUACCUAUGUGCACCACCCAUCUUCUCUAUCCGAUACUUUCGCAGACCUUGCCGCGCGGCUACCUGCACGAGCUCGUGGCGAGGACGCACGGGAAUCCAACGAUCUUCGGUAGAAUAUUCACUCCGGUCUUGCAAGGCCUGUAUCUCUCGAUGCAGCAGGCGAGCUUGGUCGGCAACACGCACAGGAGGCCGAUCGAGGCGCUGGAGGAUCUUUUGGAGAUCCGCUGCGGGCCGAACGGCAACAUACGUCCGAUUUGCCGUCUGAUCACCAAUCAGGUCCAAUUCCUGCCCGAGGUUAUGACCUCGGCCGCCGGCAGAGAACUCACGAGGACCUCGUUCUUAGGCCCGUUCCUCUCAGUGUCGGUGUUCGCCGAGGAUCAGCCGAAGGUGGCGGAGAAAUUCUUCAGCGGCAACCCGUUCACGGACAAGUCGGUGAACGUGACGUUGCAGCAAGAGCUGGAGAGUACGAGGACCCUGUUACACAAGAUGUUCCACGCGAUACUCGCCAACAGUAACUGCCGUGACGCCACCUUGACGUAUCUCGCGACUUUGCUGCGUCACAACGAGAAACGCGCGCAAAUACAGACCGAGGAGUUCUCCCUAGCCGGGGAUGGUUUCAUGCUGAACCUGCUGUCGGUCCUGCAGAUGCUCUCCGUGAAAAUCAAAUUGGACACCGUCGACCCCCUCUACCCAUUUCAUCCCUCGAGCUUCGUCGAGGUGAAGAACGACACAAGACUGAAACUCACUUCGCAGGAGGUCGCGGAAUGGCAGAGGAGCCUGGUGAAGACGCACAAGUGGUCGGAGGCGAAGUUCCCGACCCAGUGCUGGUUCCUCACCCUGCACUGUCACCACAUCGCGCUGCUGCCGGCGCUGCAGAAGUACCAGAGGAAGUUGCGGGCGUUGCGAGAUCUGCAGAAGAUGCUCGACGAACUGCAGGCCACCGAACCCCAAUGGAAGGACACUCCAUUCGCGGAGCACAACAAAGACUUGAUCAAACAGUGGAAGCAGCAGUUGAAGCGGCUGGUUAAGUCGAAGUCAUGCGCGGACGCGGGACUGAUAGAUCCCGCCCUUCUCAGAAGGUGCUUACAGUUUUAUGUAUCCGUGGCGGAGAUCCUGCUGAGCCUCUUGACCGAGACCGCCCCGGGCGAUCCUCUACCCGAGCUGCCGCUUCCCCAGGAAGUCCCGCAUAAGUUUACCGCACUACCCGAGUGGUACGUGGAGGAUAUCGCGGAAUUCUUGUUGUUCACGCUUCAAUUCUGCCCCGGGGUAAUGACAAGUAACAUUGACAGUUCGCUCGUCACUUGGCUACUCGUCGUCGUGUGUACGCCGCAUUGUAUACGAAAUCCCUAUCUAAUCGCGAAGAUCAUCGAGGUCCUCUUUGUGAUAAAUCCCAGUAUUCAGGGUAGAACGGAAACUCUUCACUACUACGUGAUGGCGCAUCCGAUAUCGAAGACGCUACUGGCGUCAUAUCUCAUGAAGUUUUACACCGACGUCGAGACCACCGGCUCUAGUUCCGAGUUUUACGACAAAUUUUCAAUACGUUAUCACAUAAGUCUAAUCCUAAAAUCAAUGUGGGACAGCCCGGUACAUCGGACGUCGAUCGUCAAUGAGAGCAAUAACGGCAAGCAAUUCGUCAAGUUCAUCAACAUGCUGAUGAACGACACCACCUUCUUGCUCGACGAAAGCUUGGAAUCCCUGAAGCGCAUACACGAGGUGCAGGAACUCAUGUCGGACGUCAGUGGUUGGGGCGCGCUUUCUCAGGAGCAACAGCAGUCGCGCACGAGACAGCUGGCGGCGGACGAGAGACAAGCCAGGUCCUACCUUACACUAGCCAAGGAGACGGUUGCCAUGUUUCAUUAUCUGACGGUCGACAUCACGGAGCCGUUCCUGCGACCGGAAUUAGUCGGGCGACUGUGUGCCAUGUUAAAUUUCAAUUUGCAACAGUUGUGCGGACCUAAGUGCAAAAAUCUCCGAGUGAGGAAGCCGCAGAAGUACGGAUGGCAACCAAGGACGUUACUCAGUCAAUUGGUUGAUAUAUAUUUACAUCUUGACUGUGAUAAUUUUGCAGCUGCUUUAGCCAGUGACGAGCGUUCAUUCUGUAAAGAAUUAUUUACCGACGCUGCAAGCAGGCUCGAGAGAUCUGCGAUAAAGACUCCUACAGAGAUCGAAAGGUUCAUAGCGCUCGCGGAACGUGCGGCGGUGAUAGCGAGGGAUAAUCGCGCGCGUGAUGCGGAUUACGGCGAUGCUCCUGAAGAAUUCCGGGACCCGUUGAUGGACACCCUCAUGGAGGACCCUGUCAAGCUACCAUCUGGCAUUGUUAUGGACAAGGCAGUCAUCAUCAGACACUUACUCAAUAGCGCCACGGAUCCCUUCAGCCGGCAGCCUCUUAGCGAAGACAUGCUCACACCAAUGCUCGACUUAAAAGAAAGGAUAUCUAUGUGGAAACAGCAAAAGAAAAAAUCGACAAACUUAUAAAGCGGUGCUAAUUGACGAGGAUUUUGCGAAAUAAGAAAAUAAGAAUAAAAGAGAUGAGCAUCACGACAUUAUUCAACACGAUUGAUAAAACCUCGGUAUUGCACGAUACAUUUCAUCGAGCCGACAGAAUGUAUCGGUCGAGUGCAGUUGACGAUUAUAUAGUGCAAUGAUCUCGCCAAUAAUGUGCAAACAAUUGCGCUCAAUAAAUUUACAGUUUUUUAUACAAUAAACACUAACAGACUGCAGCUAGCGAACUGCCACGAUAUUGCUCCAAACAUACUUUAGAAACUUGUAAAUAAUUGCUGGCUAUCGCGCCAGUAUCCAAAAUUACGUAUUAUUCAUAAAUAAUUAAGCUCUUUUAUUUUUUACGUUCUCCGGUGUAUGUGGCGGCGGGUGGGAUGCUUCAGACAUAUCCCGCGUUUGAUCAUGGAAAAAAAUAUUACGUUAAAUAGCAUAAACUAGUAAUAUAUAAAUGAGACUA